GGGAGGGAAGGGGCGGGGAGGGGUCCGGAGGAUGUGAAGAUGUGCGCUCACCAUACCCGCUACUGCACGGACGGCGUCCAGCGCUUCGGCACCGCUCUUGACAAGCAGCCGCCGCGCCAACGCAGUAUCAGGAGCCUGGACGGGGUCCUGCGCUGGGUCUUCACCAAGAUGAACGAGAAGAAGUUCGGGGAGAAGGAGCCCGCGAAAGGAGAGCCGCCGGCUUGUCAGGACCGGCUCAUUCCCGAGAACAGGAAGGGCAUCUCAGUCAUAUUGGAUAUAUUCCGAAGAGCUGAUAAAAAUGAUGAUGGCAAGUUGUCCUUGGAUGAAUUCCGGGCCUUUUUUUCUGAUGGGACCCUCAACGAAGAAGAACUGGAAAACCUCUUCCACACGAUCGAUCUGGACAAGACCAAUCACGUGGACACCAAGGAGCUCUGUGAUUACUUUGCCUCCCACAUGGGGGAUUACGAAGAUGUCCUGGCCGGGUUGGAGACCCUGAACCUUUCAAUUCUGAAAGCCAUGGACUACACCAAGAAGGUGUAUGAGAGCGGGAGCAAGUUGGACCAGUUUGUGACCCGAUUCUUGUUGAAGGAAACAGCCAGUCAAAUCCAGUCGCUCUUGACCUCUGUGGAAAGUGCAGUGGAUGCCAUUGAUGACCAGACGAGAGGGUUCUACGACAGCACAGUGAGCCGGGCAAUGGUGGGAAACUGGUACAACAGGCAGUCUCCAGCCAUCCCAGCAAACAACAAGCCGACAGCGAGGGACAAGAAACUGAAGACCGACCUGGUAACAGCCAGCAGAGGAGACAGUCUGGAGCUACAGAUCAACAGACUGGCUGAAUUAAUUGGCCGCCUGGAGGAUAAGACAGUCUGGCUCGACCUGCAGCAGAAGGUGAUGGACAAUGAGAACAUGACCUGCUCGCAUCUCUUCCUUGUACGCCAGCAUAUGACCAUUGGGCAGAAGCACCUGGCAGAGUUUGGUAACUCUCUGAAGCAGUAUCUGAAGGAUGUGUCGACACAGAGAGACUGCUUCCAUGUUACGGCGGUUAGGUUACCGGACAAAUUGACCUAUGUCGUCUAUGAGUUUUGGGAGAGCGAGGAACAAUGGAAGCAACAUCUUCAAAGCGAAAGGGCCAAAGUGUUCCAACAUGUCAAAGUCGAUGCACUGACUCAGUCCGAGACCGUCUCUACAUUGCUCAUACCAGCUGCUUGGUGCACUCUGGAUGGAAAAUAACUGGGAGGUUUCGGGAAGCUGAGCGGAAGGAGCUGCCGACUGACCAAACACACACCGUCGCUUACUGAAAAGGCAGCUACCUCAAGAGGCUGAGAGCUUGGUCUAUUUUGUAAUGCAUUACUUCCGGGAAUAUUUGUUGACUAUUUUGCGCGUGUUAUUUAUUAAAGAGAAUUUGUCUACCUGAGAUGAGCACGUCUGACAGACCCUACACAAGUGGCAGGAGCUCAGUUAGGGGAGAUCGGAGUGACCUGCUCUAUCUGUCCUGAUCCAAUCCCUGUGCAGACACGGUUGUGGGAUUGGACAUAGCUGCCUCUGUCCGACCUCAUUGUGUCUUGGUCUGGCCUGACGGCCUUCAAUGUGGAGUGAUCUGCCACCGUCGUUGGAGGGAGCCUUGGUCGUGGCCGCGAAGAUUUCGGUUGGGAGGAUCAGCUGGAUUACAGCUGAAGCCAAUGAACCUACAUCCUCCUGAUCGGGAGAUUGUCCCAACUGGUUCAGUUCUUGUGUUCAAUAGUCAUGGAAUGGAACUUGAUGCCACAUUGUAUUUUCCAGGUUCUCUGACAGAUCCCACUCUCAUACCCCUCUUGUUUUCUCUCAUCUUUGACUCCCUCCGGGGUGUCCCUUCCCAUCUCUCAUGUAUUUCAUCCAUCUCCCAAUCCUCCUGUACUCUUCUCCACACUUCCUUCUGCUCAAACCUCACUCUGAUCUCCAGUGCCCAUAAGCUAUCUUCAUUUUCCAUUGCUCCUUGUUUCUCCUAUAACCCCUGCUGUAUUUCUUUACCCCUCUCUUCCUCCUGCCUUCCCACGAAGGCACUGGCAGAUCAUUUGGACAAUAGAAACCCAGGAGAUGAUGGACUUAAAAGGCAAUCAGGUAGACACUGAUAAACACACUCCAACAGAAGCUGAUGCCACAGACACGGUCUCAAACAGAUAUCCACAGACUCUAUGACCCACAGAAUCUCUGACCCGCAGACCCUAUGACCCGCAGACCCUAUGACCCACAGACCCUAUGACCUGCAGACCCUAUGACCCACAGACUCUAUGACCUGCAGACUCUAUGACCCACAGACUCUAUGACCCGCAGACUCUAUGACCCGUAGACUCUAUGACCCGCAGACCCUAUGACCCGCAGACCCUAUGACCCACAGACCCUAUGACCUGCAGACCCUAUGACCCACAGACCCUAUGACCCGCAGACUCUAUGACCCGUAGACUCUAUGACCCGCAGACCCUAUGACCCGCAGACCCUAUGACCCACAGACCCUAUGACCUGCAGACUCUAUGACCCACAGACUCUAUGACCCCUGGACUCAGACAGACUCAGACAGUGACCCAUGGUCACAGACAAAAACACCCUCAGACUCAGCCAUCCACACACUUGGACCAACACCCACAGACUCAGACAGACACCCACACCCAGAUAGCCACAGACACAGUGACCCACAGGCACAGACAAAAAUACCUACAGAAUCAGACAGACACUUGCAGAAACAGAACCCCACGUGCAAAAAUAUCCACAGAGAAAGACAACCAGAAUCACAGACAGACACCCAUGCGAUGAUGUGCACGUGGUGGUCAGCUGUAUCCUGAGAAAACCCAAGCCCUCUUUCUGUUGUGGUUUGUACUGAGCUUACAAACAUUGACUAAUCGUUUCAACUGAUGCUGACUGACUUGCUGAGUUCCUCCAGUGCAUUGUGAGUGUUCCUUUGACAACAGCAUCUGCAGAUUAUUUUGUGUUUGUACUGAGCUGCUGCUCGGAGUGGAGCCCAUUCUUCACAGGGUGGGGGAGAGGUGCACCCUUCUCUAGGGUUAAUGACUAGGGGCUGUCAGACAACUUGCCCUUUUGCUUUAGGUGUUGAUUUAGCUGAGUUUCCCAUUAGUUACAAGGAAACAAUAAUAACUGAAGACAUAGAGGAAGAAACGUACAUCGGUUUUCACCAUGAGCAUGGGACCCUCUGUGCUGCUGUUGGACAUUCUAAUUAAUUACAUACAUGGCAUUGUCGAAAUAAAGUUGAUGUUA